GCAGCAUGGAUGCCACUUUGCUCCUGAAUGUGGAGGGCGUCAAGAAGACCAUUCUGCAUGGAGGCACUGGGGACCUUCCAAGCUUCAUCACUGGAUCUCGAGUGACUUUUCAUUUCCGCACCACAAAAUGUGACGAGGAGCGCACGGUGAUAGAUGACAGCAAGCAGGUGGGGCAUCCCAUGCACAUCAUCAUCGGGAACAUGUUCAAGCUGGAGGUCUGGGAAACGCUGCUGACGUCCAUGCGGAUUAAUGAGGUGGCCGAGUUCUGGUGCGACACCAUCCACACAGGCGUCUACCCCAUUUUGUCCCGGAGUCUGCGCCAGGUGGCUGAGGGCAAGGACCCCACUGACUGGCACGUGCACACCUGUGGGUUGGCCAACAUGUUCGCCUACCACACGCUGGGCUACGAGGACCUGGAUGAGCUGCAGAAAGAGCCGCAGCCCCUGAUCUUUGUGAUUGAGCUGUUGCAGGUGGAGGCCCCCAGUGAGUACCAGCGGGAGACGUGGAACCUGAAUAAUGAGGAGAAGAUGCAGGCUGUGCCCAUCCUCCACGGAGAAGGCAACCGCCUCUUCAAGCUGGGCCGCUAUGACGACGCCUCCUCCAAGUACCAGGAAGCCAUUGUCUGCCUGCGGAACCUGCAGACCAAGGAGAAACCCUGGGAGGUGCAGUGGCUGAAGCUGGAGAAGAUGAUCAACACCCUGAUCCUCAACUACUGCCAGUGCCUGCUGAAGAAGGAAGAGUACUAUGAGGUGCUGGAACACACCACUGACAUCCUCCGCCACCACCCAGGCAUCGUGAAGGCUUACUACGUGCGCGCCCGGGCACACGCGGAGGUGUGGAACGAGGCUGAGGCCAAGGCAGACCUGGAGAAAGUGCUGGAGCUGGAGCCGUCCAUGCGCAAGGCGGUGCUGCGGGAGCUGCGGCUGCUGGAGAACCGAAUGGAAGAGAAGCGGGAGGAGGAGCGGCUGCGCUGCCGGAGCAUGCUGGGUUAGGGGCUGCGCAGC